AUGAGCGACGAGAGCCUGUUCCGGUCGGCGACGAUGUCGCUGAUCCAGCUGUACAUCCCGUCGGAGAGUGUGCAUGCGACGGUGACGGAGCUGGGGGAGCUCGGGAACAUCCAGUUCAAGGACCUGAACCCGGAUGUGGCGCCGUUCCAGCGCACGUUUGUGAACGAGAUCCGGCGGCUCGAUGAGAUGGACCGGCGCGUGCAGUUCCUGCAGGAGCAGCUGGAGCGCGAGGCGAUCUCUGUGCGCCCGCGCGAGAGUGCGGCGGCGUUUCUCCCGCACGAGGAGCAUGCGCGCGGUCCGAUGUUCAUGGAGGAGCUCGCGAAGCGCCUGCAGGAGCAUGAGGAGCGCGUCGUGCAGAUGAACCACAGCCACGAUGCGCUGCAGAAGCGGCUGCUGGAGCUCGAGGAGUCGAAGCAUGUCGUGCGCGAGACGGAGGUGUUCUUCCGGCACGCCGAGGCGGAGCCCGAGCAUGUGCGGGUGAGCAUGGACGAGGACGCGCACGCGCCGCUGCUCGAGGGGCAGGGCGCCGGCGUGCGCAGCCUCGCGAGCCGUGCGCCCGUGGACCUCGAGUUCGUCGCGGGCACGAUCGAGCGCUCGCACAUGGCGACGCUGGAGCGUGUGCUGUGGCGUGCGCUGCGCGGCAACCUGUACAUGAACUACGCGGAGAUCCCGGCGCCGUUUGACGACCCGGCGCGCGAGGAGCCCGUGUUCAAGAACGUGUUUGUGAUUUUCGCGCACGGCGCCGCGGUGCUCGCGAAGAUCCGCAAGAUGUGCGAGUCGAUGGGCGGCACGUUGUACCCGGUCGAGAGCGAUGCGGCGCAGCGCGAGGCGCGGCUGCACGACGUGCUGGAGCGCAUCGAGGACCACGAGAACAUCCUGUACUCGACGAACGCGGCGCGCCGCACCGAGCUCGUGCGCGUCGCCGAGUCGAUUGCCGCGUGGGCGGACGUGGUGCGGCGCGAGAAGCUCGUGUACGGCACGAUGAACCAGUUCCAGUUUGACGGCAACCAGAAGACGCUCGUCGCGGAGGGAUGGGUGCCGCGCAGCGACCUGUCGGCUGUGCAGCUGGCGCUGCGCCGCGCGACGGAGACGACCGGCGCGCAUGUGUCGUCGGUGAUGCAGACGAUGCACACGAAGGAGACGCCGCCGACGUUCCAGCGCACGAACAAGCUGACCGAGGGCUUCCAGGCGAUCAUCGACGCGUACGGCUUCGCGACGUACCAGGAGGCGAACCCCGGUCUGUUUACGGUGAUUACGUUCCCGUUCCUGUUCGCGGUCAUGUUUGGUGACCUGGGCCACGGCGUGCUGAUGCUGCUCGCUGCGGGCGCGAUGGUGCUGUACGAGAACAAGCUGCUGCGCACGCGCCUGGACGAGAUCACAGGCAUGUUCUUCUACGGUCGCUACAUUAUCCUGCUCAUGGGUGCGUUUGCGAUCUUCACGGGCCUCAUGUACAACGACGUGUUCAGCCGGAGCAUGCACCUGUUCUCGUCCGGCUGGGCGUGGCCGCGCGGCACCGGGACGCUGACGGCGCAGCCCACGGGGCGCGUGUACCCGGUGGGCGUGGACCCCGCGUGGCACGGCUCGGACAACAACCUGGUGUUUACAAACUCGCUCAAGAUGAAGCUGUCGGUCGUGCUGGGCGUGGCGCACAUGACGUUUGCGCUCCUGCUCAAUGUGCCGAACCACCUGCACUUCAAGCGCGCGUCGUUCAUCUGGGCGGAGCUCGUGCCGCAGCUGCUCUUCCUCGAGUCGCUGUUUGGCUACCUGGUGGUGACCAUCUUCUACAAGUGGGCGACGAACUGGUACGCGACGGACGCGGCCGGCGCGCCGCUGCACAACUCGCCGCCGGGGCUGCUGAACAUGCUGAUCUACAUGUUCCUCAAGCCUGGCGUCGUGGAGCCCGAUGCGCAGCUGUACGCGGGCCAGGCGUCCGUGCAGAUGGGCCUCCUGCUGCUGGCGCUCGUGUGUGUGCCGUGGAUGCUGUGUGCCAAGCCGUAUCUGCUGUGGAAGGAGCACCAGCGGCGCCAGGGCGCCGGAUACCAUGCCGUCGGCUCGGCGCGGGGCGAGCAGCGCAUCCACGCGGACGAGGACGACGAGCGCGCACUGGCGGAGGAGCUCGUCGACGACGAGGACGAGGAGGAGGAGUUCGAGAUCGGCGAGGUGGUCAUCCACCAGAUCAUCCACACGAUCGAGUUCUGCCUCGGCUGCAUCUCCAACACGGCCUCGUACCUGCGUCUCUGGGCGCUGUCGCUGGCGCAUGCGCAGCUGUCGCAGGUGCUGUGGGACAUGACGAUCAAGAACGUGUUCGGCAUGACCGGCCUCACCGGCGUGCUCGCGACCGUGUUCGCGUUCGCGCUCUGGUUCGUGCUGACGAUCGCGAUUCUGUGUGUGAUGGAGGGUCUCUCCGCGUUCCUGCACGCGCUGCGUCUCCACUGGGUCGAGGGCGGCUCGAAGCACUACGAGGCGGCCGGCUAUCCGUUCCAGCCGCUCUCGCUCGCCGCCGACCUGUAG